ACUUAAAGAAACCAUUGGAUAACGACUCUGAUAAUAACUCUAAUAAUAACUAUGAUAACUCUGAUAAUGACUCAGGUGAAAGUGACCUUGACGAAGUCAUUCCUUGGACAAAAGCAGAGGAAGGUCAACUAAUGCAAGCAAUAGAAACUCAUGGAACUAGAUGGAGUAUGGUAAGAGAAGCAAUGGGGUGCAAACGCGCCGCCUAUUGCUAUCAAAGUCAUUGGAACGUAAUGAAGAAAAGAUUGUGA